UGGACUCGAUGAUCUAGGAGGUCUUUUCUAACCUUGGUUCUGUGACCCUGGCUGAAACUCUGCUGAGGGAAGCGCAGGUAGGAGCCUUGCAGUUUAAACUGCCUGCGGAGGUGCAACGACCGGGAGCGCUCACAUCCCGGCAUCCGAGGCUGCCGCCUGCGUGCCAGGAGCUGGCGCGUCAGCAGCGGAGCCUCCAUGUAGCCGGGAGCCGUUUGUACUCGGUGACAACAUGACCACAACCCCUGGGCUCUGCUAGCGUUCCAGGAGUGCCAUCCACAUCCAUGGGGAUCUUUGAUAUCCAUGGGAGCAUCUGUAGGAGCCAUAACAAAACAGGCCCUGUUCCCUCCUCUCAUGCCUGCAGGGCGACCUUUCCGAGUGUCCAAUGCCUCCCGAAGCAGGCGGAAAGGAAUUGUUGCAAGCAGCCUGCAAGAGCUCAUCAGGAAGACUUUGGAUUCCUUCUUUAUAUCUGCUGGAAGAAUUACUAUGGUUUUAGAGGAAGAUGGCACAGUUGUGGACACAGAGGAGUUUUUCAAGUCACUGGAUGAUAAUACACACCUCAUGGUUCUAGAAAAAGGACAGAAAUGGACAGCAACAAGAAAUGGGGUAGCUAACAUCACAUUUGAUCUGUACAAGCUGAACCCUAAGGAUUUUAUUGGCUGCUUAAACAUCAAGGCGACCUUCUAUGAGAUCUACUCUGUCUCAUGGGAUAUUAAAUUCAUGGGAGCAAAAAGCAUAUUGCGGAAAGUGCUUCAGCUAAUAUCCCAUGCAGCACAAAUAGCUGGACAGUUUCUUCUCUACACUGGAACAUUUUUGUUGCAGUUGAUGGGUGAAUAUGAUGAAGAUGAUGUGUGUACAAGACCAAGGCAAGAGUAGUGGACACAGCUGCACCUCUGAUAUUGGAUCCUUUUGCUUAAAGGCAUUCUUUUGCCCAGUUUUGACUGUCGUAAUGUUAUAGUAGGGGGAUGUCCACUAAUGUGAACUAACAUUUUUCCCAUUUGGGAAUGCUUUUAGGGCUCAGUCAUAAAAUAAAUGUUUGAUGUUCACAGGCUCUUAAUGGCUCAAAAGGAUGGGUGCCUAAUGUCUGAGAGCUUGGCAGAAGGAGAGAGGGCAGGUUUUUGCCCCAGCAACUCAGAAUGGAGAAUAAGUAUACUUGGAAACUUGCAUGCUUUGUAACCAGUGGAAUAUUUUUUGCACCAAUUAAAACAUGGUUUGGUUGUUUUGGGAGUUUUUUUCAUGGCUGUCUACUUGCAUUCUGAACAGACUAGGCUGUAAGGUGGGGGCAAGUGUGUUUGUUUUAAUCCUUCACAGUGCUGAUAUUAGUAUCAAACUGGCAUUGAGGUACAACAAGGUGAAGUGUACUUAUUUACUCCUGCUAACAAUGCAACUACAUAACACAACCUCGAUCCUUGUUCAGUGACUGACUACUCUCAUGAAAUCUAAUUGGAGACUGGGCAACUACUAAGCAGAAGCUUAAAAUUUAGCCUUCCUUCCCUUAAAAUAAGUUAGAAGAAAAACAUUUCAUUAUAGCUCUUUGUAUUUUUCUUCAAAUCUUCAGGAAGUUCAGAUUAUUAUGCCUCAUACCAGUUGAAGAACUUGAUGUAUUUCUAUAAUGAAUGUCAUGUCCAGUUUUUACUGAGUGUUGAAUAAUCUGCCAUGGUUUAAUGAAUAUGGCUUAUAAAUAAUCUGCUGAAGUUUCCUGCAGGGGUUAAACCAUCACUUCUGUAGUUUUCACCGUUCAGUUACAAGAUGACACUACUUCUCAAGUUGUGCUUGAGGUACAUGUAAGAGAUGCUGCGUAUUUUAAUGCCCUAUGUUCAAGGAAGAGCAGCAGGACACUCUCUAGUCUUGCAUAACAUAAAUGUAAUUUAAAAUGAAUAUUUGAGGUAUUAUAGUCUCCCAAGACAAGCUGUAUUAAAGGGCAAAGUAAUGUUUAUCGAACUGCUAGUAUGACCAGAUUUCAGAAAGCUUUUCCUCAACCGCAUAAAAAAUUGGAAAAUGUGCAGCCUUAGGCAUCUUGUGUCAAAAUGCAAACUCACAUCAGUGAAGGGAAAAAGCCCAACUUUCACUGUUUAUAAGCGUGGCUUUUGAGUCUUUUGUUUGCUUGCUCAUGAAAAAUUUUAGUAAGACUAAAUAAGGAGACAGUAAAAAUAGAGCUAAGUAUGUCUGAUGUGACAGUAGAUUCCACGUAGUAAGAGAAGCUCUGGUGCAGAGAGAACAAGUGUGGGAGGGGAAGAAAGCAGUGGGAGUGAAAGGGAAAAGACCACUAUGGAGCCCACAGUGCUUGCCAUGCCACUGAGACAGGAAUCUACUAACUACGUACAUCAACUGCAUUGAUCAGUUGGAAGAAAACCUAACCUGUUAAAAGAGAAGCAGGAAGAUUGAAAAGAUGAAGCACCAUGGUUGGUGGGAUCCAUUCUGACCUGUCAGCUGGUUCUGUUCACUUCAAGUGUCACUAACAUGGGAAUAUUGCUUACCUUCAUAUGCUUAUUUUUGCCUUCCUAUUAUGGAUGGGGCUGCAUCUUUCAAAUCACUGUUGUGAUGAAAAGCAGCCUAAAUUCAAGUGUUGAAGGGACUGAUGGACAACUUUGGUAGGUCUCUGCCUGUCUCUUCAGUAAUGUAGUAGUAGUGCAAAUAAGUAGACAACUAAGAAAAACCUUGUUUUUUUCCCCCUGAUUUCUGUUUCCCAUCUACUUCUGAGUGUUUGCUGGAGGAGGAGAAAGGGCAUACUGCUCAGAUAAGGGGAGGACUUCUUCUUUCCUAGUUUCUCACAGGGAAUAAUUCCUGUAGCUUACUGCACUGCCAUGUGUCCUUCAGAAGAAAACAAUAAACUAUUCUAGAAGUAAUGAGAAAGAGAUUUUAUUAAAAUGAAAGCUUUAUGCUUUAUUGUUCUUAACACCCCACCCCCGCACAGAUGAUUGCUGCCAUGUUAACUGUUGUCUCUCCCUGUCAAGGUAUUGCAUUUAACUGACUUUGCAAGGACUUUGUAAUUAACUUUUUUCAGCUUUUAAAGCCGCUUAUUCUACUAAAACAAACACAUCUCUUGAAAGCAAAUUCUGUGAAAUGCUUCUAAGAAUAUUUAUCUUGCUAAUGGUGGGAGCACCAACA